AUAGCUUGUUUUACGACCGCCGACUUCACUUCACUGCCAGAGAAGAAAUCCCGGAAGCACAUGGUCUGAGUGUGAGGAGGCUGUAGUUGUUUUAUAUUUUCAUCAGACGUUUAAAAAAAGUGCAUUUUUACAAAACGUUUCUUGUGGAUAAGUUGAAGAAGAACAACGUUUACUGUCACCAUGGUUCGAGCCCGAAGGGUGAAACCCCCGCAAAGACCCAGGAAGACGGAGAAGUUCGAUGAAGAUGACCCUGAAGCCUACUCCAACAUGCCGGUCCCCGACAAGAAGUCGGCCGACUUCACCAAGGACAAAGUGGACGAGUUCCAUGACCAGAAGAUUGCGAAACUUCUGGCCCGUGGCGUCCAAAUGGACAGUGAUGACGAGGACAUCGAUGAGGAGGAGGAGGUGAUGGCUCUGGAGGACUCUGAGGAAGAGGAGGAGGAGGAGGAGGAGCAACAAGAAGAAGCAGAAGAGGAGGAAGAAGAGGGGACAGACAUGGAGAGUGAUUUAGAGGCCUCCCAUUUAAAAACCGUUGAACUAAAACUUUUUUUUUCAGACCUUCCAAAUGAAAUGGCGUGGGGCAGAAAGAAGAAGAUGUUCUACGACUCGGACUACGUUCAAAGCAGAGGGAAACAAGUGGAAGUGUUGGAGGCUGAGGAGCAGGAGGAGGAAGAGGAGGCUAAAAACAUCCAGAAACGUCUGGCCGCCAACCUGAGCGAGGAGGACUACGACCUCAGCUUCUUCCAGGAGUUUGCUACGGCAGAAGAUGAAGGUGAAGACGAAGAAAAGGCCCCGGAAAGACAGGAGAAGAUUGUUAAAGACCUGCAGCAGAUGACCAAGAAGGAGAAGAUGAAACUUCUGAAGAAAGAAUCACCAGAGCUGCUGGAACUGAUCCAGGACUUCAAGACCAAGCUGACGGAGCUGAAAGAUGAGCUGCAGCCUCUGGUUCAGAUGGUGAAGGAUGGAAAGAUCCCAGAAGGAAAGGGCGCUGACUACCUGAAAACCAAACAACAACUUUAUCUGAAUUACUGCACCAACAUCAGUUUCUACCUGGUGCUGAAAGCAAAGCGACUUCCUGCUCAUAACCACCCUGUGAUCGAGAGGCUGCUCAGCUACAGAAACCUCAUCAAUGACCUCGCGGCGGUGGACGCCAGACUAGCACCAGAGUUCCGCAGGUUACUGUCUGGUGAAGAAAACGCCAAGGCGGCGGCGGCGAACGGCAAGAAAGUCCGAGUGUCCGGUAAGAAGGAGAAGGUGAGUNNNNAACCCGUGUCUGACUCUGAGGAAGACUCCGACUCGGACCUGGACGAGGAAGCAGCGCUGCGUUUCUACAGAGAAGCAGAGGAGCGCGUGACGUUGAAGAGGAAGAGCAAAAACCCUGAAGCUAAAGAACGUGAAGACGAUGACGAGGAGGAGCUGCUCCCAGAGGCCAAGAGAGGAAUCACAUACCAGAUGGCUAAAAAUAAGGGUCUGACACCAAAGAGGAAGAAGAUUGACCGAAACCCCCGAGUCAAGCACAGAGAGAAGUUCAGACGAGCCAAGAUCCGCAGAAAGGGACAGGUCCGACAGGUGCGUCGUGAGGAGACCAAGUACAGCGGAGAGCUUUCUGGUAUUCGUGCUGGAGUCAAGAAGAGUGUGAAACUUAACUAACCACAACGAAGGGUUAAUAUUUGAUUGUGGUGGUUAACUGUAAGUCAGCCUUCUGGUCAAACCGUCCUGUUUUACCUGUGACUAGUUCAACUGUUGUCUUUAUAUAAAGACACUGAAACCUGACAGACGCUGUUCGUUUCAUUACUACAGAAACAUUUCCUCUGCUGAGUUACUGUUAGACCUGCAGUAUUUAAGAUUUUAAAAAACACAUACACAGAUUUCUAGAAUCCUUUAAAUAAAAACCGUUUGACACGU